AAACGAAACGAAAAGCGAAUGAGCGCGAUAUCUGAAUUGAAAAACUGAUCAAUAAACAAAGGAUUAAUCAUAUAUCAUAUUCUCUGUUUGUCUUAUGCAAGAAUUUUGGGAUUUGAAACGUUCACAUCCGGAACAUCGUCCAAGCAACUUUUAAUUUUAGUAAAAUGCCAAGAACACAAAAACGGAAAGCUCCUUCUCAGAAGAAAUCUGGUGAAAGUAAAAGGAAAGUCACCAAUGGUGUAAAGUCAAACCUGCCAUCUGGUUUUACUCUUUCAAUGGGUCAAGGUGAUACAGGACAACUGGGUCAAGGUGAUGAAGUCUACGAGAGAAAAAAACCUGGUUUUGUUAGUGGUCUAGAAAAUAUUGAUAUCAUACAGAUUGUGGCAGGUGGUAUGCAUUCAUUAGCUGUCAGUAGCAAUGGAAUUGUAUACUCAUGGGGCUGCAAUGAUGAAGGUGCUCUUGGUCGAAAGGCAACACAAAAGGACAGUGAUGAGUGGUUUGCAAAGGAAGUAGAAUUACCAGAAGAUGUUCAUGUUAUCUCUGUCUCAGCUGGUGACAGUCAUAGUGCUGCAUUAACAAGUUCAGGAACAGUUUAUGCCUGGGGUACAUAUAGGGACAUGAGCGGACAGGUUGGUCUACGACCUGAUGGUAAGAAGUCAACUCCCAUAGAAAUUUUAAAGUUAACCAAUGAUAAAGUUACCAAGGUUGUCUCAGGCAAUGAUCACACAGUUGCAUUAACACAAUCAGGUGAUAUAUACACUUGGGGGAGUGCUGACCAAGGACAACUUGGUAGAGUUGGUGGUUACUUUAGUUCAAGAGGUGGCAGACGUGGCUUGCAAUUCAUCUUAAUUCCUCGUAUUGUUCGAAUGAGGAAGGCCACAAAAUUCAGAGAUAUUUUUGCUGGCAGCUUUUGUACAUUCGCAAUUGAUAAAAACUCUCCAUCAGUGUAUGUGUGGGGCUUAAAUAAUUAUGGACUUGGCAACGGGGAAAAUAACAAUUCAUACUUUCCUAUGAAAUCAAAACCAUUGUCAGCUUUGAACAAUGAUACAAAUCAAUCAAUUCACAUAGCAAGUGGUCAACAUCACUCUGUUGUCUUGACAACAGAUGGAAAGGUAUUCAGUGUUGGACGUGCUGAUUACGGUAGACUGGGACUGGGUGAAGAGGCUAAGGAUCAGCUUGUCCCUGUUGAAGUGGCGUCUUUUGGAGAUCAAAGAGUACAACAGGUAUCAUGUGGGGAAGUAGUUAGUUUUGCAGUGACAGAAGAUGGACAUCUCUACUCUUGGGGCAUGGGUUCCUGUUUGCAGCUUGGUAGUGGAAAUGAUGAUGAUGUCUUUAGUCCAAUUUUGGUUGAAGGCAAGAAUCUUAUCGUGGCAGAACACAAAGUUUUAAUGGUUGAUGCUGGAGGACAGCAUACAUUAAUUUUGGCUCAAAAGAAAAAUGAAUGAUCAUUUGAAUUGAAUCUGAAGCAAAACUGAUGGCUAGUUUUUAAAUUUUCACUUAACAAUUUUUGUGAGCACUUUAAGAGCAAUCUUCUUGAGUGUUGAAAGGUGAAAACGAUCAAGUUUAUAUUUUGUUAUAAUAAUGACUUGUGAAUACAUUCAUUUUGUUGAGAUAUUGCUUUGAAUUUUUUUUAUAGAACUAAUAAGAGAUGCAUUUGUAUUAUGAAUUGUUUGUAAUUGUGAAGUAGUAGUUCUUACAUCUUAAUAAAUCUCAUUUUAUCAUUGGUAUGUCUGAUAAA